AUGAUCACUGCAAUCUUCGUAUACGACUUCAAAGGAGACAUUCUCAUCUCCAAAAUUUACAAGGAUGAGAUAAAGAGAAAUAUUGCUGACGUGUUUCGAAUUCAGGUCAUCAAUCUGGCUUCGUUGGGUAAAUCAAAUCGAGAUCAACGAACACCCGUUUUGACAUUGGGGUCCACCUCAUUUAUUUACAUAAAGCUGGGUAAUGUGUGGAUAUGUGCGGUAGCAAGAUCGAAUCAGGACUGCUCGGCGAUUUUGGAGUUCUUGUACAAAUUGGAGUCGCUCUUAUGCAUGGUACUAUGGGAAGACAACAAAAAGAAGUCUCAGCAAGUGAAGCCAACUUUAUCAGACGUGGCCAUAGUAAACAACUUCCCUCUUUGCUAUGAUAUUUUGGGCGAGGUGUGUGACUAUGGGUUUCCCACAAAUAUGGAUUUGGAGUAUUUGAAAAAGUAUGUCGUUGGAAUAAGUGAUUCGAGUGUGAGUAUAUUCAAACGGGCUUCAUUCAUGCCACUGAAGAAAAGCACACCUCCAGUACAAUCAGCAGCAGCAGGGGCGGCAGCGGCAGCUCCAGAGUAUCAAACUGUGACUUGGAGAUCUCCCACAAUCAAAUACAGGAGGAACGAGAUCUUUUUGAACGUGCUAGAGAAGGUAAAUGUCUUGAUGAAUUUUCAAGGGGAGGUACUUCGCAGCUCCAUAGACGGCGCAAUUAAAAUGAAGACGCAUUUGUCGGGCAUGCCUCAGUGCAGAUUUGGGUUUAAUCAAAAUACAGUCUUGCUCUCCAACUACGAUGUGACCAGUGAUGCAAGGGAAGGAGCGGUUGCUCUCGAGGACACAAAGUUUCAUCAAUGUGUAGAGUUGGGAGCUUUUGAUAACGAUGGGUCGAUUCAGUUUGUACCUCCAGAUGGCGAGUUUCAGUUGAUGAGUUACAAUUGUAACCGCAAUAUCAUUCUACCAUUCAAAGUGUACCCACAAGUGCAAGAAGUUGGAAGAAACAGGUUGAUGUAUAAAAUCCGGAUGAAGUCGUUUCAAGCACCAAAGCUCCCUGCCACAGAAGUUGCCAUGACUAUACCAACGCCACGUGGGGUUUCUCUGACGAAUGUAUCAAGCUCUAACGGGAAAGCCAAGUAUCACCCGGAAGAGAACGCGAUCAUUUGGAAGUUCAAUAAAUUAUUUGGAGAACAAGACAAUGUUCUAACGGCAGAGGUUGAAACUAACCUGCACCCAACUGAAGUUAUGCAAUGGAACCGACCACCUAUAACCUUGGACUUUGUGGUGGAUAUGUUCUCGAGUUCUGGAUUAACUGUUCGGUACUUGAAGGUACAGGAGAAAUCCAACUACAAGACAGUCAAGUGGGUUCGUUAUAUGACACAAUCCGGCUCAUAUGAGAUUAGAUAUUGA